AUGAAACGAAAUGUCGUUCAAGCUGCGCGCAUUAGAGACUGGGAUGAGGUUCAACGACUCAUUGAACAGGGAGGGAACGUGAAUGAUGAGGAUGAACGGCGGAGAACAGCUCUACACUACGCUGUUUUACUUGGAAAAAGGAGGGAUUGUGCAUUCUUGCUGUCACGAGGCGCCAACGUCAGUCAGACAGACGUAGAUGGAUGUCAGCCGCUUCAUCUCGCUGCAUCUGGCAAUUGUUCGGAUAUCUGUAAACUGUUAAUUGAUCACAGUGCUGAUGUUACUGCUGUCAACACAAAUGGUGACACUCCUCUUCUCAUUGCUCUUGAUUCUUUCCAGUCUUCCGCUCUGUAUCGUUCACUAGUAACCAAUGAGAGUGUGAAUAUAGCAGAUCGUCUUGGUAACCAUGCUUUACACAAAGCGAUUAGUAAAGCCAAGGUUAAUGCAGUGGAUAAAGAUGGCAACGCACCACUACACUUGGCAUGCAAAGAAAGACAUUCCUUCACUGCAAAUUUACUGUUUUCUCAUGGGGCUGAUGUGAAUGCUCUAAACAAACAACUAAAAGAACCUGUACUUUUAGCAAAUGAAUCUAUACAUAAGCCUUUCAUAGCCCAUGAUGAAUCAAUGAAAGAUUAUGGAGAUGAUUUGUACAGAGCAGCUCAAAAUGGUGACAUCUCUGUAUUUCAGUACAGAAAUCGAAAAUCAGACUUAAAUGUUUCAAAUAGAACUAAAGAUACACUGCUACAUGCAGCAGCUGGUGGAUGGAAAGACUGUCCUGAUUUGUGUUCUAUGUUACUAGGACUUGGAGCUAGGCUUAAUGCAGUGGAUGGAGAUGGUAACCAGCCACUUCACUUGGCGUGUAGAAGAGGUCAUACAAAAUCAAGUAAUGUGCUGCUCUCUUGGGGUGCAGAUGCAGUUGCAUUGAAUAUAGCUAGACAAACACCACUACAUACUGCAGCUGGUGGAUGGAAAGACUGUCCUGAAUUGUGUUCUAUUUUAGUAGAACAUAAAGCCAAGAUUAAUGCAGUGGAUAAAGAUGACAACCAACCACUACACUUGGCAUGUCAGAAAGGACAUACCAAAUGUAGUGCCUUCUUGCUUUCUAGUGGAGUAGAUGCAAAUGCAUUAAAUGAAAACAGACAAACACCACUACAUAUCGUAGUCAGUAAUUUGUCUGAGCUAUCUGUGUUAUGUUCUGUUUUACUACAAUACAAAGCCAAGAUUGAUGCAGUGGAUGAAGAUGGCAACCAACCACUACAUUUAGCAUGUGAAAAGCACCAUACAGAAAUCAGUCGACUCUUGCUUUCUAAGGGAGCAAAUGCUAGUGCAGUAAAUGGAAUGGGACAAACACCACUACAUAUCGUAGUCGGUAAUAGGUCUGAGCUAUCUGAGUUAUGUUCUCUUUUACUACGACACAACGCCAAAACUGAUGCAGUGGAUGAAGAUGGCAACCAACCACUACACUUAGCAUGUAAACGGCGCCAUACAGAAAUCAGUCGACUCUUGCUUUCUAAGGAAGCAAAUGCUAGUGCAGGAGCAAAUGCUAGUGCAGUGAAUGUAAUGGGAGAAACACCACUACAUAUCGUAGUCAGUAAAUCGUCUGAGCUAUCUGAGUUAUGUUCUCUUUUACUACAACACAACGCCAAGAUUGAUACAGUGGAUAAAGAUGGCAACCAACCACUACACUUAGCAUGUAAACGGCGCCAUACAGAAAUCAGUCGACUCUUGCUUUCUAAGGAAGCAAAUGCUAGUGCAGGAGCAAAUGCUAGUGCAGUGAAUGUAAUGGGAGAAACACCACUACAUAUCGUAGUCAGUAAAUCGUCUGAGCUAUCUGAGUUAUGUUCUCUUUUACUACAACACAACGCCAAGAUUGAUACAGUGGAUAAAGAUGAGAUCUGUCGACUCUUGCUUUCUAAUGGAGCAAAUGCUAGUGCAGUGAAUAAAAAGGGACUAACACCACUACAUAUUGUAGUCGAUGAAUGUUCUGAGUUAUCUGAGUUAUGUUCUCUUUUACUACAAUACAAAGCCAAGAUUGAUGCAGUGGAUGAAGAUGGCAACCAACCACUACACUUGGCAUGUGCACAAGGUCAUAUAGCAACAAGUCUUCUGUUGCUCUCUAAUGGAGCAAAUGCCAAUGCAGUGAAUGAAAAGGGACAAACACCACUACAUACAGCUGCUGGUGGAUGGAAAGACUGUUCUCAAUUAUGUUCUAUUUUGCUAGAACAUGAAGCCAAGAUUGAUGCAGUGGAUAAAGAUGGCAACCAACCACUACAUUUCGCAUGUGAACACCACCAUACAGAAAUCAGUCAGCUCUUGCUUUCUAAUGGAGCAAAUGCUAGUGCUGUGAAUAAAAAGGGACUAACACCACUACAUAUCGUCUGUAAAUUGUCUGAGCUAUCUGAGUUAUGUUCUAGUUUAGUAGAACAGAAAGCCAAGAUUGAUGCACAAGAUCAUAUAGAAGCAAGUCUUCUGUUGCUCUCCAAUGGAGAAAAUGCAAAUUCAUUGAAUGCUGAUGGACAAACACCACUACAUACAGCUGCUGAUGGAUUGAAAGACUGUCAUAAAUUGUGUUCUAAUUUAGUAGAACAUAAAGCCAAGAUUGAUGCAGUGGAUAAAGAUGGCAACCAACCACUACACUUGGCAUGUGAGUCUGGUUUAGUCACAACAGUUAAACAUCUGUUGGAUUGCAAUGUUGAUGUGUUUGCUACUAAUAAAUUUCAUCAAACUGCUCUUCAUAAGGCGGCUUGCAGCAAUAGAGAUUGUCCUACAAUUUCUGUGAUGCUUAUAGCAAAAGGAGCUCAUGUGAAUGCUACAGAUGGCAAUGGCAACACAUCACUACAAGUUGCAUAUCAGAAAGGAAAUAGCAAAACAGUUGAGGUGUUAAUUGAAAGUGAUUCUGAUCGAAAGAUAUUGAAUACCAAUGAUGAUGAAAGCAACAUUGCUACUACCUUCCUUAGUUGA